AUGCCUCUCGACGCCGUCUAUCAGGAGGAGCUUAAAGCACGGCUCGCCGAGCGCGAGCACCUCAUCCGCGAAUCCUGGGUCCGCGCCAUGGAGGCCAAGAUCGUCCGCCAGCAGCUCGACCGCUGCUACCUGACGGAGGGCGUUAAUCACCUGGAGAACUGCAAGGAGUACCGAGAAAAGUACCUCGUCAUGUUGAAGGAGAACCGGGUCCGUGGAUACAAGCACAUCGAGACCUAG